AUGAUGCAUCGAGUUAUCUCAUUGAUCGUGGCCGCCGCCGCGUGCUGCUCUUGCACGCCCCUCGAAAAGGCGCCUCGGGACUCGGCCGGCUGCUCAGACACAUCGUUCGGUGACUUCCAUUGGACAGUAGAAGACUUCGACUAUCACGCUUCAUACAUUUUCACUACGCCUGCCCACCAGAAUUCGUGGGGAUAUGUCAACUUCAACCUGUCGAACCCUGCAGUUCCGGAUCUUCUGGCUUCGUGUAACGCAGCAAGCAGCCAGCUCUCGGACUUCUUCUACGGAAACUUUCAAUACAAUUGCACAUUCAACGGGGAAGUAGGCCAGCCAGGACCAGCACCGGCCAAGUUCACGUUUAGCCGGCCCUCAGGUGAACUGGUCAUUGACCAGUCGUGGGUUUGCAACGACCAAGAUCCUCAAUACCCUAUCACGUUCUUUGCCACUGGACAGGUCAAUUUGACGCUGGACUGCACCGACACUACCUGGCAGAACACGAAUUGGACUAUGGGCCAAUUUUACUCAACCAGAAAUGUUGAUUGCGCACCGGUGACGGUUGAUCUCAAACCGUCUCAGAUCUCGGCAGUGGCAUAG